GUAAAAGGACUGGUUUCUAACGUCUGGAAUGCCUGGAGCAAUAUUUGACGAUGGUCGACAUGGCAAAACCAGUGUUGUAUUCUUAUUUCCGAAGUUCUUGCUCGUGGAGAGUUAGGACUGCUCUUGCCAUAAAAGAAAUUGAUUAUGACACACAUGCUGUUCACCUGCUGAAAGAUGGAGGCCAGCAAUUUUCAGAUGAGUUUAAAAAGUUAAAUCCCAUGGGCUAUGUUCCUGCUCUGGUUAUAGAUGGACACACCCUUGCUGACUCACUGAGCAUAAUAGAGUAUCUGGAUGAAACAAGACCUGAUCCCCCCCUGCUACCCAGAGGUGACCCAUUCAAGAAAGCACUGGUGAGGCAAGUGAGCCAAACUAUAGCCAGUGGAAUACAACCAAUCCAGAAUCUUUCUGUCCUGAAGUAUCUUGGCGACGAGAGAAAAGCAGAGUGGGGACAUCAUUGGAUAAACAAAGGAUUUCAUAAUCUGGAGAAAAUCUUGGAAAGGACAUCAGGGAAGUAUUGUGUUGGAGAUGAGAUAUCAAUGGCUGACUUAUGCCUGGUUCCUCAGGUGUACAAUGCAAACAG